UUGGCUCAUCAUCAUCAUCAUCAUCAUCAUCAUCAUCAUCAUCAUUGACAUCGCCAUUGAAUUGUCGUUGAACGAACACAAGAAAUUAAGUGAAAAGUAAAAAAAAAAAUUUUCAUUUUAUCUUUUUUUGUUCAAUGUUCAUUUCUCUAAAGAUCAAGAUCUUUAAUUGAUUGGCAAUCUAUCGAAAUCGAAAAAGCCAAGUUUUACGAACUCGAAUAAUAAUUUAAAUAUAUAUAAUACAAUGGCUGAAACCCGUGAUGAUAGUGUAUAUAAGGCUAAAUUGGCCGAACAAGCUGAACGUUAUGAUGAAAUGGUGAAUGCAAUGAAAAAUGUUGCCAUGGUCGAUGGUGAUCUAACCGUUGAAGAACGUAAUCUUUUAUCUGUUGCAUAUAAAAAUGUAAUUGGUGCACGUCGUGCUAGCUGGCGUAUAUUAUCAUCAAUUGAACAAAAAGAAGAAAUGAAAGGUGGUGAAUCGAAAUUGGAAUUGAUUAAAAAUUAUCGUUUACAAGUGGAAAAAGAAUUACGUGAAAUUUGUAAUGAUAUAUUGGAAGUAUUAGAAAAACAUUUGAUACCGGCUGCAGCCAAUGGUGAAUCGAAAGUUUUCUAUUAUAAAAUGAAAGGUGAUUAUUUCCGUUAUCUAGCCGAAUUUGCAACCGGUAAUGAUCGUAAAGAUGCUGCAGAAAAUUCAUUGGUAGCAUAUAAAGCUGCAAGUGAAAUUGCUACUACUGAGCUACCGCCAACACAUCCAAUACGUUUAGGUUUGGCAUUGAAUUUUUCUGUAUUCUAUUAUGAAAUUCUUAAUUCACCUGAACGAGCUUGUCGAUUGGCAAAGACAGCAUUUGAUGAUGCCAUUGCUGAAUUGGAUACAUUAUCCGAAGAUUCAUAUAAAGAUUCAACAUUGAUCAUGCAAUUAUUGCGUGAUAAUCUAACAUUAUGGGCAUCGGAUGUUAAUCAAAAUGGUGAACAAAAAGAAAUAUCCGGUACCGGUACUGCUGGUGGUGAUGCAGGUGGCAAUACAACAACUGAGGCUUGUGCUGCUUCAUCUGAAGAACCAAACGCAUAAUACCACCUGCAUACAUUUACAUCCAUGAUGAUGAUUGAUGGGUGUAGGAGUGGAUAUCACAUCACCAAUUUAAAAAUAUAUAAUACAUGUGUUGGAA